CCGUCCGACUGUUUCCCAUCUGUCCCUCGGCCGGCCUUGCGCUCUCUCCUCUUCCCUCCUCCCCUCACCGAGGGUGACCCGCCCAUGUCUUCACCCCGCUCACGACUCGCGGCCUGGUACACAAAGGCCGCCUCCUUCAACGUCGAGGCUCUCUUCUCCCGCACGCGCGAGCCCGGUCCGCCGCGUUCCGUCUUCAUCCACCAGGACCUACCAGAAGACUAUUAUGAUAAGAAGAGCAGGAUAAAGAAGGAGCAUGUCUUCGCCACUAAUCAGCAUAUUACUGCAAAGUACUCUAUCAUCACAUUCCUGCCCCGGAACCUACUCGAACAGUUUAGGCGUGUUGCCAACAUCUUCUUCCUCGCCAUCGCCAUCCUCCAGUUUUUCCCCAUCUUCCCUACCAUCUCCCCUGGUCUAGCCAUCCUACCCCUGCUCAUCGUCCUCGCCAUCACUGCUCUCAAGGAUGGUUACGAAGACUUCAAGCGGCACCAGGCCGAUCACGCCGUUAACCGCUCUCAGACCAGAGUUCUCAGAGGUGGCGCGUUCAAGAACCCCAACCCGAUGGAGGCGAAAACGAAGACCUUCAUCCCGGCGAUCGUCCCUAUGAUCAUGACCUUUCGCCAGAAGCGCAAGUCGGUCAAGACGGCAGAUGUCGAGGCGCUCGAGCUUGAGGCGGGUGCGCCGCAGGAGGGAUUGACGCAAACGAUGCCGGAACGACGCUCGGGUGACGGCGAACCCACGGCGGAGGACGAUGAGGGUGUAGAGUACGAUGACGAGGAGCUCGGCGACGAUUUGGACCGCCCCACGAGCCCGGGGAUGAGCUCACACGGUCAUGGUCCUAGUAUUGGGCACCACGAAGACAAGAAGCGGGCCCACUGGAAGAAGACGGCAUGGGAGGAUGUCAAGGUGGGAGACUUUGUCAAGAUCCUGGACAACGAGUCUUUCCCCGCGGACAUUCUCAUCUGCGCGACCUCGGAGGAGGAGAACGUGUGCUUCGUGGAGACGAAGAACCUGGAUGGAGAGACGAACCUGAAGUCCCGUACGGCAUCGCCUGUUCUUACGCACCUCCGUACGGCGGGCGCGUGUGCAGAUCCGCGCGCCCAGUUCAGGAUCGACUGCGACCGACCAGAGAUUAACCUCUACAAGCUGAACGCGGCGGUCGUCCCUGAGAAAGGACAGAAGUCGUCGGUCGACAUCCAGCAGAUCCUGCUUCGAGGCUCGGUUUUGCGGAACACGCGUUGGGUCAUAGGUAUCGUCUUGUUCACGGGCGAGGACGCGAAGAUCGUACUCAACUCUAGCGGUACACCGAGUAAGCGCAGCAAAGUGGAAAGGCAGAUGAACCCACAAGUAUUCAUUAACCUUCUCAUCUUGGCCGUGAUGGCAGUCGUCUGCGCUAUAGUGGAUGCCGUUCUGGAACAGCGCUAUUACCCCCGUGGUGCGCCCUGGCUCUACGCUGACGACCAGUCCGACAACAAUCCGCACGCGAACGGCGCCAUCACCUGGGCAUUCGCACUCAUCACAUUUCAGAACAUCAUCCCGAUUUCGCUUUACAUUUCGAUUGAAGCAGUGCGGACCAUUCAGGCUCUCUUCAUUUACUUCGACCAUGAGAUGUACUAUAAGCCAACGGACACGCCGACCCUGGCGCGCAGCUGGAACCUCUCGGACGACCUAGGCCAAAUCGAGUACAUCUUCUCCGACAAGACCGGGACGCUAACGCAGAACAAAAUGGUCUUCCGGCAGUGCUCUGUCGGCGGGCGCACGUACAAGGGCGAGGCUAGCGCGUCCCGGAUGUCCGACGGUUCCACGACGAAGGUCGGGCUGCCUGGAGAGGAAGUCGAGCGCCGCUCGUCGGCGACGCAGAGCCACGAGAUGCUCGAUGUCAAGAAGACGCCUACGAGCUCGACGGAGGACAUCCCCGACGUCCUCGCUGCGGACAAGGUUGGUCUUGUGGAGGGCGCGCUAUCCCACUUCCGGGACACGGAGCUCAGUGCGGACAUCGCGGCUGCGAUGAACGCGGACGAGGAGAGCGAGUGUGCGAUCCACGCGAGGCUGAUCAACGGGUUCUUCACGGCACUCGCGCUCUGCCAUACCGCGCUGACGUCGAUCGACCCCGAGACGGGCGCGAUUCAGUACAAGGCGCAGAGCCCCGACGAGGCGGCGCUAGUGCAGGCUGCCGCGGACGUGGGCUUCGUCUUCCGGGGCCGCGACAAGGAGGAGCUCACGCUGCAGACGCCGUUCUCGGCGGCGUACGAGAAGUACGAGCUGCUGAACAUCCUGGAGUUCAACUCGGCGCGGAAGCGGAUGAGCGUGAUCGUGCGGAAGAUGGGCGACGAGGAGGGUGAGGAGGAGGGCGGCCGGGUGUUCUUGCUGACGAAGGGCGCGGACAACGUCAUCUUCGAGCGCCUUGAGCCUGGCAACGAUGAGCUCAAGCGCACGACGGAGAGGCACCUGGACGAGUUUGCGAGCGAGGGGCUGCGGACGCUGACCCUCGCGUACAAGGUUCUCGCCGAGGACUUUUACGAAGAGUGGAGCCAGCGCUAUCAAGAAGCGGUUGUCUCGCUUGCGAACCGCGAAGAGAAGAUCGACGCGAUCUACGAGGAGAUCGAGACCGGACUGCGGCUUCUCGGUGCCACUGCGAUCGAGGAUCGUCUGCAGGACGGCGUGCCCGAGACCAUCGAGGAUCUCAAGCGGGCCGGCAUCAAGGUCUGGGUCGCUACUGGCGACAAGGUUGAAACCGCUAUAGCUAUUGGGCACAGUACGAACCUCAUAGGACGGGAGGACAACAUCAUUAUCAUCAGAGGCGGUUCGGACGGCAAGCCGAUAUACAACCAGAUGUACAGUGCUGUCGAGAGCUUUUUCCCGCUCAGCGGUAUUCUCGGCGAAGAGGGUGUAUACGAGGAAGAGGAUGGCCUUACGUCCAUGUCACCAGGAGCACCUGGCUAUCCUCUUCAUCGCGUCAAUACGGGCAUGUCUGACCUCGUUGGUCAACACAACGGCGAGCGUCCCGGCGGUUUCGUGUUGGUAGUAGACGGUGCCGCUCUCACGGUCGCGCUCGGCGACGAGAGGCAUAAGCAUCUGCUCCUGCGCCUCGCCAUGCAGUGCGAGGGCGUCAUCUGUUGCCGUGUGUCUCCGCUCCAGAAAGCGCUUGUGGUGAAACUGGUGAAGGACGGUCUUGGUGCGAUGACCCUCGCGAUUGGCGAUGGCGCAAACGACGUCAGCAUGAUUCAGGCGGCUGAUGUCGGCGUUGGUAUUUCGGGCGAGGAGGGCCUCCAAGCGGCGAACUCGUCGGAUUAUGCUAUUGCACAGUUCCGGUUUUUGAAGAGAUUGAUCCUGGUGCACGGGCAUUGGUCGUACGCGCGCAACGGGAACAUGAUCGUCAAUUUCUUCUACAAGAACAUCAUCUGUAUCGGCGUGCUUUGGUGGUUCCAGAUCUACUGCGCUUGGAGUAGUUCAUACGUGUUCGAGUACACUUACCUCCUCUGGUGGAACUCAUUCUUCACGCUUGCUCCUGUCAUCGCCAUCGGCCUUUUCGACCGGCAUGUCGAUGAUAAUGCUCUGAUGGCGCUACCAGAGCUGUACGAACACAGUCGUAAGGGGGAAUACUUCGGUCUCAAGCUGUUCGCACUCUACAUGUUCGACGGUCUCGUGCAGUCGGUCUUCAUUUUCUUCUUAAUCUUUUAUGCCUACGCGACGACUACGACUGCUCGCUCGGACGGAUUAGCCGUGUACCAAUAUGAGUUUGCGACGGUCAUGGCAAUUGCCGCAGUCACUACUGCUAACUUGUUCAACGGUCUCAACACUCGCGCUUGGACAGGUUGGGUGUUCUUUGCUGUUGCGCUCGGUUUGGUGCUGGUUUGGGCCUACACGGGCAUUUACUCUGCCAUCACCCCGGGCUGGUUCGCGACCCCCGUCUAUGGCAAUGAUCACUACUUAUGGCCAUCAGCCUAUUUCUGGUUCGGCAUCAUUCUCACUGUGGUCCUCGCCUUGCUUCCCCGCUUCCUGGCCAAGGCAUACAAGCAGUCAUUUGAUCCGAGCGACCUAGACAAAGUACGAUACCUGCACAAGUACCACCCGGAUCACGACUUCUCGACAGAUAGGCCUCCCCCACCCGGAACAACGAGAAUUCAGCCGGCGUUGACGCGGAAGCCGACGAGUCGGCGACCCUGGAGCAACAACCUCGCAGCUGGCAGUCGGACAGAUAUGGCUACCGGCCUCCAGUCGCCACACCGUGGAUUCGACUUCGCCACUGAAGAAAACGGCGUCGCCUUGCAACGGAUACAGACCAAUCUGUCCGAGCAGCAGGGCAAGCACCGCUUGUCGUUCCGGCGACCAAAACGGAACGGCUCUGUUCUGCAGAACUUCUCAUUGCCUCGAUCUCUUCGGCGGAAGAAGCCGCCGCCACCAUCGCGGUUGCGCGACCCCGUUGACUCGCCGGAGUCGUCGUACUCAAGACCAUAGAGCCCGCGGCUUCCCAACGUGCUGCUCCUAUGUCAUGACCUCACACGCUCGCUUGUGCUACUUUGCUCAUUUAUCGACGGGAAGUUGUAUCCAUCAGUGUUCGAGUACUUGCCUAAUCUUCUGCUUACCCCCCACCCCAUCUGUCACAAAUUCUGACGAUACCGUGUCUACGGACACGAUGCCAUGAAGUCCGUAGCCUACCUCUUACUUAGACAGUGCAUUUGUAAUAUCAGCACCACGCAAUGACACCCUGUAUCUAUUUCAUAGUGCUGAAUAUCUUAGUCGUGUUGAAGUGCUA